CGUUGGUGUUGGUGUCGCUGUCGCAGUCGCUUAAAUUUCAUCGUCGCGCAGCGUCAUUGUUAUUUUUCAUAUUUAAUUUUACUCAUUUUGGAAUUUUGCGUAUACAACGGCGAUAAGUGAUUUUCUUAGUUGGAAACGCAAAAUGAGGACUCUUUCCAUGAUUUGUAGUGUGAGUGCGAUAAAAAAUUAGAAAAAGUACUUACAUACAUAUGUGACAAAUUGAAAAAGUAAAAAUAAAAAAGAAAAAAAAAACAACCCAAAAAGUUUAUCUGAAUGUAAACUGUGGAUUUUCGCAUACGGACAAGAACAAAAGGCAGGAAAAUUUUGCGCGCCCUUGAAGCUGUUCGCGCAGCAGCAAAAUAUAUCGAAAAAGUGUUAGAGUGAAGUGUAGUGAAGCAAUUUAUGGUGCUAAUAUUUUGAAAUGAGGUUUUUAUAUUCAAUAUACAACAAUUUGUUCACUACAAAAUAUUGGUAGUUCUAAGCGCCUGGUGUGUGUCGGUUUUCCAUCUACGCUACGAAAGAUAUCGUCCGCGGAGUAACAGCUGGUGCUGUAGUGUGUACAACCAACGCUAAUGUUUAUGAGUGUCAGGAUACGACAUUUACUCUGCGAUUUCGGAGUUAUAUUUAUCCUACUGUACGCCAUUUGAAAAACAACAAAUCCAAAUAAAAAAUACUCGUAAAAUAUUUUUUAAUAUAUUUAUUAGAUUAUAAGAGCAAAAUGGAGACAAUUGACGAACAGUCUAAAAGUGAAAUGUCAAUUUCACCUUCACCCUCGCCCGAGAAUUUAAGGAUAUGUCUGGUUGGCGAUGUUGUUAACGAUGCGGAAACAGUUGAGGCUGCGCGUUGUUUUAAUGUUCCUGUCAUCACCUCUGAGAAUGGCUUGGAUGUUCUCAACGAUUCCGAGUGGCGUACCUAUUUUGUGCUGAAAGAUUUCGAGGGCCCCAUUUUCGAUGCGAUACACAAAAACAAGAAAUGCAUCUUGGGCCCACCUGCCUUGAAACAUGCGGCCGAGUCAAAAGAUGGACUUAUACGCAACGCGCGACCCAUUUACAAUUACUCGAUGCGUGGCGUGGUGACGUGUUUUACGGGCAUCCGCAAAAAGGAUGAGUUGACACGUCUCGUCAAUCUGAUACAUUCGAUGGGCGGCUGCAUACGCAAAGACAUGAAUUCCAAGAUCACACAUUUAAUUUGCAAUCAAAGCGGCGGUGAUAAGUAUCAAUACGCAAAAACAUUUCGUUUGACCGUGGUGCGACCGGCCUGGGUUUAUGGCGCUUGGGAACGGCGCGACGAACUGCAAUUUCGUGCAACGACCGAUGAUUUUUCGCGCGAGCAUAAACUGAAAGCGUUUGAAGGUCAGAAGAUUUGCUUCUUUGGCUUUCCCGCGGACGAGCAUCAACACAUGGUGGAUGUGUUGAUCAGCAAUGGGGGCGUGCCGGCAGAAUUGGAUGAUCCCGAGUGCUCGCAUGUUGUCAUGCCUAAUACUGGUGGUUACUUUCUUGAAACCAUGACUAACUCUUGCAACUCACCUAAGCCCCAAUCUAUAACUAACCCUCACCUCAAUCCCGAUCCACUAAAUCCUAAACUCAUUUCCCAACUCGAUUCACGGAACCCAAAACAGCCUGAAGAGGUCAAUAUCGGAGCAACCGCAAUAGUUGCGGAAAAGCCAGCAAGUGAAAUUACUGAUAAGACUGAAGAAAAUACUGCAAAAAAGACUGAAGAAAAAUCUGAUGAUCGUCAAAUGGAUGUGGCGUUAAAUGUGAUUGCAUCUGUUGAAGAUGUUGAUGUUGACGUCGAUAUCGAUGAUGAUGGUGUCUACUUUGAUGAGCGUUUAGUGGUCGAUUAUGAUCGAAAUAAGGAGUUGCAACGUGGCUCCCCGCUGCCCGAAGGCGUGGACAUAGAUGACCCCUAUGAAGCCGACCUUGCUGUCAGUCAACCGAGCGCAAGUACGCCACGAAAGCAAACACAAUUGUCAUUGCCUGAAUCAUUGCCAGAAAAUGGCAUAAAUGCCAAUUCAAGCCAAGUGCAAGAAAAAAUUUCGGUACCCGUAUCGCCGGCUAAUGAAACCAAUGAAAAUGCAAGUACGCCAAUAAAAGCGACUCAUGCGGCUGCCAGUGAUGAUGUUGAUGCUAAUGAUGAAAAUGCUGAUACUAAAAUCGGCGUCGAUGGCACCAUACUUACUAGAGAAGCAGAUGAUGCGUUCCAUAAUCCGAACAAUAUAUCACCCAUAUUAACUGCCAGGCAGGAGGCCGCACAAGUAACCGCAGGAAGAGAAAACGCGGUAGUUCCGAUGGAGACGGACGACAUGAACCCCGCGCAUGAAGAAGAUUUCGGCGAUCUCAAUGAACUUAAGCGUAAACGCGAAAGCUUUGAUAGCAUUUCACUUAUGUCGGUGGAUUCUUUUGUUUUGCCGAAUAGUACGAAGAAACCAAAACUAAUUCGCACCGGUUCCAUUACACGUUCCAUACGCAGGUCCAUGAGUUUUGUGGCUGUGCGCACACCUAUUGCGAAAAUGUUGCGUCCACGUCGCAGUUCGGUAGCGCUAGAUGCUGCGCCCAACUACGAUGAGGCCUGCAAUGCGGAUGAUUCAUUUUGUUCGAUUGCCUCCAUGGAAACUACGUUUAAUGAAUCGAUACGCAAACCGGUCAAGGAGAAAUUUCGCAGUCUACGCGAUCGCAUAACGCGUAGCAGCAGUAAGAAGGACAAAUGCAGUGUGACGACGCCAGAAAAGGACGAAAAAUGUGAGCGCGAGAUGCCGAGUAGUGGUUUCAAAACGCCCAAAGCGCCAGCUAAAUUCUUAAGCGCUGCAGCAAAGGCCAUUGGCACGCCGAAAUCGUUGACGAAAAUUGCACUAUCCGCACCAUCACCGUCGCCAUCUGCGGCGCACAAAGCGAGCGGCAUUGAGAACUCUGAGCUCAAAUCUGCUGCGGUUAUUAUUGCUGCCAGUAAUUCUACCACUGCCAGCGCUAUAAAUCCUGCUCCCAUUCCAAUGCUUCCUUCAUCUUCAUCGUCCAUUCAUAGUUCAAAUCUACCACUUAACCUAGAGAUAACGCGUCAGGAUACUCUAUUUCAAAUUCAGGCUCAUAAUCAGGCUGUGCAAAGUCAGGACACUGCGCUCUGUCAGCAGCGUAAUAAUUUGCUAAACGAUGUUGGACGCUCGUUAAUGGUUGUUGAUGAACACACCACUCAAUCUAAGCCAGAUCCGAAAAAUCACCGCACUCAUAUUCUCAAGUCCGAUUGGUUCUGGUAUACCAUACAGAAUGGCUACGCGGACGAGAUGGAUUACCUAUUUGGCGAUUAUUUGGAAAGUAUUGCGAACACACCCAAUACGGAUCGCCGUGAUUCACUGCCGAUUAGUUUUAACAAGCGCAAACGGAAACGUUUCUCACAGCGUAUACAAUUUGAAGGGACACCCAUUGGGUCGGGUAAGCGGCGUUCGUCCGUCUCUGAUGCUGGUUUGUUGUCGGUCUCGGGUAGCUUCUUUGAUUGCACCGCCAGCCCGGAUAAGUUGGAGGCUGGCAAACUGCAUGGCGAGACACAUAUUGAAACGCCUACAGUUUGUGAGACGACUCCGGCAAAGAAGUCGAUGCGUUUCAAUCAUUUUAUGGAUUUCUUUAGCACUGAGUCCAACUAUGUGGGCAUACUGGAUACAAUUGUAAAGCUCUUCAAGAACCCACUCGAGGAAAUUGCCGAGACCAACGAUGCACUACUCAAUAAAUCCGAGAUCAAAUCGAUUUUCAACAAUUUUCUGCCCAUACAUGAAGUGCACCAGAGUAUGUUGGAAAAAUUGCGUGCGAUACAGAGUAAAUGGACAGAGGAUUGCCUAAUUGGCGAAAUCAUACUGCAAUACCGCGAUGAGCUAACCAAAGCAUAUCCACCCUACGUGAAUUUCUUCGAACAGAUGAAGGAAACGCUGCAACAAUGUGAUAGUCAAAAUCCACGCUUCCAUGCAUUUUUAAAAAUCAAUCAAACAAAACCAGAAUGCGGGCGACAGAGCUUACAGGAUCUAAUGAUACGUCCCGUGCAACGACUGCCUAGCAUUAGUUUGUUGUUGAACGACAUUUUAAAGCACACAAAUAAAAACAAUCCAGACUAUGUUAAGUUGGAGCAAGCAUUGAAAGCCAUCAAAGAGGUUAUGAUGCAUAUCAACGAGGACAAGCGGAAGACGGAAUCGCGCAUGGCAAUAUUUGAUAUCUUCAAUGACAUUGAAGGUUGUCCCGCUCAUCUAGUAUCCUCGAAUCGUAGUUUCAUUUCCAAGUGUGAAGUAACUGAAUUGUCCGACAGCCUGAGUGGCCGUGGCGAUUCGCUGAUGUUGUACUUAUUCUCUGACACCAUUGAGGUGUGUAAAAGGCGUUCGCGUGCUUUCAACACUGCUAAAUCGCCGAGUGCAACCAAAUCACACAAACAUGUGAAACUAAUAUCGUUGAAUGCGAUACGUUUCGUUAUUGACAUCACCGACAGUCCGCGCGCUUUUGCCUUGCUCUGUCGACAAGACAAAGAGAAACUGCAUUCUUUCACCAUAGCCGAUGAAGAAACCGAUAAGGUGGUCUACUUGAAGUUGCUUUGCAAACAAAUGGCUGAAAAUGCUUGUCGCACGGACACGGUGAGCGCAUUACUGAGUCGCACCUCACAAGAGUUGGAAGUGGAUAUCAGUGAUGUGAAUCUGAGCACAUUGUCGAAGGCGUUUAAAUUGGCGGCACGCACACGUCAAAAGGUGGGCCGUGCAUUUUCAUUCAACAAGACCCCCUCGAAAUUGAAACGAGCCGUCUCCACCAUGAUGACACCACCCUUUGGCAGUACGAACUCAUUGACGCCUGCCUCGCAACUAGCGCAAAUGCGUUUGGCAAGCUGUGCAAACAUACACGAGGCGGUGGAUGAAGAGGGCAACCGCAGCAGUUCACCUUCGCCGCAGUUGGAGAUUUUGGUGCCACCACUAUCCGUACAACCAAUGCGCAAAAAUAAGUCCUCAACGUUGAGUGUUAUUGGACGUCUUUAAGAGUUUAGGCUGUUGAAUGGAGAAACGAUCCAUCGAAUUUGUCUACAUUGCAGCAGCGUUCGGAAUGCUGUCGAUCAGCGCUUAUUCAUUUGCAAAGCAUGAAACUCUUUCGAAGUUUUACCGUUAUUUCGAGCAAAUUGCAGUUUCACUAUAAGACUAUAUUCGCGGCGUUUUUGAGCAAUCUCAGAUUUGCCACCAAGAAUUGACUUUUUCAUCACAAGCUAUGUAACUGUGUACGAACGGCUGAUGCCAAACGUUGCUUUAAUUGACUGCAUGAUGAUGCGAUGCUUUAUCGGGCGGUACCAGCACUUUCGAAUGUGUUUUUUAUGCAAAAAAAAAAAAAACAAAAAUCAAAAAUCAAACUGAAAAAUAUGCUCAUUUUGGUACAAUAUCUUUGUGUGUUUUAUAUGUGCACUAAAAUGUACCGCAUUUGUGUUGGAUUGCCACAGGGAAUUGUCUCUAGCUUUUAUGUGCUAUAUAUAUACGUAUGUGUUUUUCGUUUUAGACAUUGUAAAUAUAUAUCUACCUACAUAUAUACUUCAAAAGAUUAUCGUGUUCGAUUAUAAUUUUGUUUUAGGAUUGCACAAACCCUCCAUCAUCUCGUUUUAGCAACGUACAUAACAUACAUUUAUUUAUAUUACGAAUUACAAUAUAAUACAUACAUAUAAUCUAAAUCAUACGCAUUGAUAAUUUAUUCAAAAUCUGAAACCUAUUCUGUAAGUUUGCUUACUUUCACUUAGUUCGGUUUUUUGUACAGCUAAAUGUUUAAUUUGAAGCGAACGGAAAGUAAUAAUGUAACUGGCCAAGAUAUUUGCUUAUAAUAAACGUAAACAUAAACAUUAAUAUAUUUAAUUAUAGCGACUAUGUA